GAAACUAUGAAAUGGCAACUGAGGCAAUAAUGGAUCUGGAGCCCCUGGAUGACGACAACAUGUUUGGAGAGGAAGUAAGUGACAAAGAGCUGUCAGAGGUGGAAAAGUCUUUGAGGGCAGCAUUUCAGAGUCAAGAUCGUGUUGAUGAGCCUCUCCCAAAGGAGGAGGAAGGAGGAGGAGGUUAUGAAGAAGAGGGACUAUGUUUUAGAUGAAGAGCCAAUCAUGGAACUAGAGCCUGAGAUGAGGGAAGAGCCAUUUCCAAAUCAAGAGAUCACACCAGAUGCUGCUAUCAUGGAAGAGGGGCCAGCGUUGGACAUUAUGGGGCAGCAAAUGUCACCUUUAGAGACCUAUUUCCCAAAUGAGGAAGCAAGGAUGGGAAUAGACCCUGAACCUGAAAAACAAGACUCUCUCACUGUGGAGAGGUCAGACAAUUUAAUGAUGCUGCAGCCAGAGAGUGAGUUUGUCAGUGUGGAGGAGUUGCCGCUCUUCAAGGAGCCAGCAAUGGAAGACAGUCCUGUUCUUGAUGGAGGUGUUAAAAGAGAAAAAAGGGAUUUGAUGACACAAGGAGGGGGGCACUGUUGUCCUGGUGUGGAACUGGAGCGGAAGCGUUACCAGUUCUUCAAAGGACCACUGAGGGCUGAAGAUGCAGAGUUCUUCUGUCAGGCACAGUUCCCUGGCGGCCACCUGGCCUCUAUCACAAGCCACCGCAUCCACAGAGAGGUGAUGAACAUGAUGCUGCGGCAAAAUGGGGCAUACACACGCACCUGGAUUGGUGGACUCAGAUAUUUGGAGACCGGACGCUUUAUCUGGUUGGAUGGAUCCCCCUGGGGAUACGCUGAUUGGCUGUCAGGGGAACCCAAUAACACAGUAAAUAAGGAGAACUGUGUGGAACUGCUGGCACUUGGAAAUGGGAAGUUCAAUGACUUCACAUGCUGGGAACCUCAGGCAUUUAUCUGCUCCUACCCUUAUCAGUGAAUGUACAGUGAGCUCUUGCCCCAUCUGCUUCUUUGUCCAAUAUGGAGCAGAGUUUGAUCCUUUUUCUUUUGGUUUAAAAUCACAUCUUGGAAAACAAAGGAACUGACAACAACACACUGACUUAAAGGACCAUAAUGCAAUUUAUGGACUACUACAGUUAAAUUAGGACCUCUAAAUAUGGUGUACAUUGUACUCGAUUGAUUUCUAUAACAUGUAAAUAAAGAUAAUGUGAUACUUUAA